AGUAUUAUUGUCAAAUACAACUGUCUAUUUUUUAUUGUUUACUGAUUAAAAUUUGUGGUUUACGAAAUUUCCCUAACAAUGACCCAAACCAAAACAGAACCCACUGCCAAUGAUUCUAGUCCUAACCGGCGGGACCAGGAUAGCGUCACCGAGGAGGAGGUAUCCAUCGGAAGCAUCGCCGCCAUCCCGGAACGGCAAUACAGCAGCACCGAUUCCAUGUCCUGCCGGAUCUGCCAGAGUGCCACGGACAAGUCACGUUUAAUCUCGCCCUGCCUGUGCAAAGGAACGCUCCGGUACGUGCACCGGGAGUGCCUCGAGCACUGGCUCAGCCGGUCCGGACUGACCCACUGUGAGCUGUGUUUGCACAGGUUCCAAACGUACACCACGCUCAGGUACGGCUGCUGUGAGUCCCUGUGGCUAUGGUAUCGUCACCCGAGCAAUCGAGGGUUACUUCUGUCCGACGCACUGAUUUAUGUCGUCCUGUCAUUCAUCUGCUUCAUGCUGACGAUGAUCUGCGUUCUGGUGCUUCGCUUCCAGUACGACCGGGGCAGCAGCCUGCAGGAGACCCUUGCCUCGACGGCCAUCGUGUGCUUUCUGCUGCUAGUGCUAAUUGUGUACCUGACCAACAUCGUCGUGCUGGCCAAGGACCACCUCGUUCCGUGGUACCGAUGGUGGCGUUCGUCCCGGAGGAUUCGACUGUCGGAGAUUACCCUGGAGGAACCCGGCAGCCAUAGCCAUUUGGGAACUGUGGUUUAAGCAUGAUGUUGUAGCAGUGAGUUUGAGGGUUGGAUAUUUUGC